AUGUCCAUCGAUGAAUACACCAACAACUUCACCGACAAAAUUGAAUUUGCCUUGCGUCUUGUCCCAGACGAGCUGACGAAAACUGACAAGUACGCUAAGGGACUUCCAUGGGAGUAUGCAGUGAUAGUACGCCAGACACCUACUCUUGAGGCGGCUAUCUGGGCUGCUAAGUCUGUAGAGGAUAUGACCAAGAGUAGAGCCGCCAACAACGUCGAAGUUGGAGAGAAAAGGAAGCAUGAGGGAUCUUCAAAGACCAACAAAGAAAGCAAAUUCUCAAAAUUUAGAGGUGGAGGUGAAGCUAAGUGGUGCAAGGGGUGUAAAAAGGAACAGUUCACGAAGUGUAGCGAGGAGAUGGCUUGCUAUAAAUGUGGAAAGACAGGGAAUUACACCAACAAGUGCGCGUCCAACAAGAAGGUGUGCUACAGAUGUAAAAAAGAAGGGCAUAUUUCUAGAGAUUGCCCAAUGAAAAACGAGGUAGCGAGGCCAAACACACCACCAAAGGCAAGGGCAUUCCACAUGAUCCUCGACGAAGCAGAAAACAAUGCGAGGAAUCGAGGAUGA